CUCCCGUUUCCAGGCUGCCCACCGCGGGGGAAGAAGCGCUCUCCUCCCGCAGACCGUCACAGAGCCACCAUUGGCUGCCCCGGACUGCCGAAGCUGCCAGGCAGUGGCGACGGCUCCAACAGCACCGGACACACGGACUCCUUUUAUUUUAUUUUUUUUUUUUUCGAUUGGAAACCUAUCACACCGAACCUUAUUAAACGGAGUGGACAUAAGUUCGGGUUGUGGAAAAAAACGUCGCUAACGGGCCGGUGUUGACUGGAAGUUCCGGACAGGGAGCGGAGCUGCGCCGCUCCGCCGCCGCACUGGGAAGCUAACGUUAGCCGCUCUGCUAACGCUGCUGGAUACUUCCCUCAUUUCGGCAGCUUUGGAUACCUGUUUUUAGAAUUUUACAAUUUUUAAAACUUCGAGAUAAUUUUUAUAUGUGAUAUCAUGCUGUGUAUUUUUAUAAAACAGAUAGCUUUAGGUAUUUGUUCCUAAAUUAAAAGAAGUGAGCGUUAGCUACCUAGCAGGCUAGUAGCUGUCGACUUUAAAUCCACUCCAAGCCAAAGAUUUCUGUUUCAAAUUAGCUAGCCUCUCAGCAACAGUUUCCACGUCACCUGACUGGAUGACGGUGGAUCUGUCAGGAACGGAAUGCUACUUUUGAUAAGAACAAGUUUUUAUUCUAUUAUUUGUUUUUGUUUUUGAGAUGCAAAGAUCGACACUUUACUUCCAAAUCCAGGAAUGCAAUCAUCGAAACACCAGCUCCCUCAGAAAACUAGCAUGCUAACACGGAGUUAGCCGGCCAAAGUUGGAAUACUGCCCCCCCCUGCUUACAGUGAGAGGCCUUAAGGAAAUUUUCCCCUUUUAAAGGACUCUUCUACAGCCUUAAUCCCUAUUUUCCGAACGGACUUCGGGUUUCCCGAAUAGCUCUGGAUAUCUGCGAAGGCUGCUCCAACGAGUUGGAUUUAGUUUUAUCAUUUAUAAAACGUGGAUUACAACGGAGUUUGGAUUAACGUCAUACUGCAAAGAUGAUGUGUGAGGUGAUGCCCACCAUCAGCGAGACGGAAGGGCCCGGCGGGGGGAGCGGCAGCGGCCGCCGAGGCUCCGGCUCCCCACUGCAGUCAGAGUCCGAGGGUCACUUUGAGUCGUUGAUGGUGUCAAUGCUGGAGGAGAGGGAUCGCCUUCUGGACACUCUGAGGGAGACUCAGGAGAACCUGGGUCUGACUCAGAGCAAACUGCAUGAAGUCAGCCAUGAAAGGGACUCCCUGCAGAGGCAACUCAACACUGCUCUGCCACAGGAGUUUGCUGCUCUGACGAAGGAAGUGAACAUCUACCGAGAGCAGCUUCUGGAAAAGGAGGAGGAGAUCGCAGAGCUGAAGGCAGAGAGGAACAACACCCGGCUGCUGUUGGAGCACUUGGAGUGCCUGGUGUCUCGUCACGAGCGCAGUCUGAGGAUGACUGUGGUGAAGAGGCAGGCUCAGUCUCCUGCAGGCGUCUCCAGUGAGGUGGAGGUCCUGAAAGCGCUUAAGUCACUUUUUGAACACCACAAAGCCCUCGAUGAGAAGGUGAGAGAAAGACUCCGCGUUGCUUUAGAGCGAUGCAGUGCAUUGGAGGAGCAGCUCGCCAUCUCUCACAAAGAACUGUCUUACCUCAGGGAGCAGAGCAGCCAGAAGAGAGGCCUGGCAGAUGGAACCAGCGAGGUCAACCACACGUCUGAAAACCCCCCCAGCACCAACGGCAAGCGCUCCUCGGAUGGCUCACUGAGUCAGGAAGAUGAGUCCGGAACCGGGUUUGGAAAGGUGGGGGAGCUCCAGGAGGUAGUGGACCGUCAGACGGCUGAUCUGGGCCAAAUGAAGGAACGCAUGGCUGCCAUGGUAUCACGCAUCAGUGAGCUGGAGGAGGACCUGGACACGGCCAGAAAGGACCUGAUCAAGUCCGAGGAGAUGAACACCAGGCUGCAGCGGGACCUCAGAGAGUCGAUGGCUCAGAAGGACGACAUGGAGGAGAGGAUCACCACUCUGGAGAAACGCUACCUGGCCGCUCAGCGGGAGGCCACGUCCGUCCAUGACCUGAACGACAAACUGGAGAACGAGGUGGCCAACAAGGAGUCCCUCUACAGACAGUCCGAGGAGAGAAACCGGCAGCUGCAGGAGAAGCUGGAGCUGGCCGAGCAGAAGCUGCAGCAGACCAUCCGCAAAGCAGAGACUCUGCCUGAGGUGGAAGCUGAGUUGGCCCAGAGGGUCGCCGCCCUCACAAAGAGUGCUCUGUGCAGCUCUGAGGCUCAGACCAAGGCGGAGGAACGCCACGGCAACGUGGAGGAGCGGCUGAGGCAGAUGGAGGCUCAGCUGGAGGAGAAGAACCAGGAACUGCUCAGGGCGAGGCAGCGAGAGAAGAUGAACGAGGAGCACAACAGACGGCUCUCUGAGACGGUGGAUAAGCUCCUGUCAGAGUCCAACGAGAGGCUGCAGCUUCACCUCAAGGAGAGGAUGUCUGCUCUGGAGGACAAGAACGCCCUGAUUAGAGAACUGGAGCACACCAAGAAGCUGAUCGAGGAAUCGCACCAUGAGAAGGAGCAGCUCCUGAUCCAAAUUGAGACAAUGAGGGCGGAGAAUGAGCAGGGCAGGAGCAGGAGUAACUCCUCACUGCACGGGCGUUCCCAGCUGGGCAGCACCCCUGACUUCAGGUACCCCGUCUCGGCGUCCUCCAUGAUGGACAGCAACUCGGAGCAUUAUGGUGGCGCUCUGGUUCUGAGACGACCUCAGAAAGGACGUGUAGCGGCGUUGCGGGACGAGCCGUCCAAGCGACAUGUGCAGACUCUGAAUGAGCAGGAGUGGGAGCGCAUGCAGCAGGCCAACGUCUUGGCUAAUGUGGCCCAGGCCUUUGAGAGUGACAUGGACGUCUCGGAUCUGGAGGAGGACCGGGAGACCAUUUUCAGCUCGGUGGACCUGCUGUCCCCCGCUGGUCAGGCCGACGCUCAGACGCUGGCCUUGAUGCUGCAGGAGCAGCUGGACGCCAUUAACAACGAGAUCAGGAUGAUCCAAGAGGAGAAGGAGAGCACGGCCAUCCGAGCGGAGGAGAUCGAGUGCAGAGUCGGCAGCGGCGACGGCCUGGGUGGCCGCUUCCGCUCGCUGAGCUCCAUCCCACCGUCCCUGUGCGCCGGCUCAUCGCUGGGCGGAUCGCCGCCCAAUUCGGGCCAGUCCACCCCCAGACGCAUCCCCCGCAGCCCCAACAGGGAGCUGGACCGGAUGGGGGUCAUGACCUUGCCUAGUGACCUGCGCAAGCAUCGCAGGAAGUCUGCACAGGAUGACAAGGCCACCAUCAGGUGCGAGACGUCCCCCCCCACCACUCCGCGCUCCAUGCGGCUGAACAGGGAAGUAGGACACGCCUCCAGCCAUGAAGACAUCCGGGACAUUCGAGGUUUGGGAAGCUUGCAGGACGGCCAGGGAAGCAACCCCAGCAGCAGCAACAGCAGCCAGGACUCCCUCAACAAAGCGGCCAAGAAGAAGAGCAUCAAGUCUUCUAUUGGGCGUCUGUUUGGGAAGAAGGAGAAGGGCCGACCCAGCAUUCCCGGGAAAGACUCCCCCAGCCAGGCGGGGACGCCUGAUGCAGAGAGCUCUCCAAAGGACGGUCUGGGAAUGGCCACAUUAGGAGGUCCUUCCGAGAAGAACCGGAAGCUGCAAAAGAAUCCAAAGACAGGGCAUGAGCUGCUGGAAGAGGCCCGCAGGCAGGGCCUGCCCUUCGCCCAGUGGGACGGACCCACUGUGGUGGCUUGGUUAGAGCUGUGGGUGGGCAUGCCUGCCUGGUACGUGGCUGCGUGCAGAGCCAACGUGAAGAGCGGGGCCAUCAUGUCGGCGCUGUCCGACACGGAGAUCCAAAGAGAGAUCGGAAUCAGCAACCCCCUGCAUCGCCUCAAGCUCAGAUUGGCCAUCCAGGAAAUCAUGUCCCUCACCAGCCCCUCAGCCCCGCCCACCUCCAGAACGUCUACAGGAAACGUUUGGGUCACACACGAAGAGAUGGAAAGUUUGGCAGCCACACCUCCUACGGAGGAUGACGAGGGCAGCUGGGCCCAGACGUUAGCGUAUGGAGACAUGAACCACGAGUGGAUCGGUAACGAGUGGCUGCCCAGCCUGGGUCUUCCUCAGUACCGCUCCUACUUCAUGGAGUCCCUGGUGGAUGCCCGGAUGCUGGACCACCUGACCAAGAAGGACCUGAGAGGACAGCUGAAGAUGGUGGACAGCUUUCACAGGAACAGUUUCCAGUGUGGUGUGAUGUGUCUGAGGAGGCUGAACUACGACAGGAAGGAGCUGGAGAGGAGGAGAGAGGAGACCCAGCUGGAGCUCAGAGACUUGCUGGUUUGGACGAACGAGCGCGUGAUCGGCUGGGUUCAGGCCAUCGGCCUCAAAGAGUACAGCAGCAACCUUUAUGAGAGCGGCGUCCACGGGGCGCUGCUCGCCCUAGACGAAAGCUUCGACCACAACUCGCUGGCUCUGCUGCUGCAGAUCCCCACCCAGAACACUCAGGCCAGAGCAGCUCUAGAGCGGGAAUACACCAGCCUGAUGGCGAUCGGUGCUGACAGGAAAGUAGAGGAGGAUGACGAUAAGAACUUCCGCCGCGCCCCGUCAUGGAGGAAGAAGUUCAGGCCCAAAGACAUGAGGGGAAUGCCGCUGGGCGCAUCAGAUACCCUGCCUGCAAACUUCAGAGUGACUAGCAGCGCGGCGUCGCCCUCCAUGCAGCCAAAGAGAAGCCCGAUGGACGGAGGUCAGUCUAUACAGAGGCUGGACACUGCCACAGUCAGGACCUACUCUUGUUAACAAACAACGGUAACCGUUGGUCCGAGGAUGAAGGUGAAUUUCCUGCAUUCAGGACCAGGAUGAUGACCUGAAACGAUUCUAAAAAGGAUGAUUUACCGACUGAAGAGAGACUUUACUGAGCGGAACUUUCUAGAUGAAUCUAAGU